AUGUUAUCAAUUCUAGAUAAUUCGUUACGCGGUGUUAACUUUAUAUUCCUACUUAUCGCUUUGGCAUUAUUAGCCUCUUUGAUCCAUGGUCAACGUUAUUCUCACUCCCGUGUGAAUUUUGGUUUCUUCGCAGCUCUAUUUGGGUUGCUAUUUGACUCUCUCUACUCAAUUUUAGCCAACUUCAUUCCUGCUUUCUCGUGGCCUAUCUUUACUAUCAUUGCUGAUGUUCUCAACUUAAUUUUCACCUUCUGCGCUGCAUGUGCUUUGGGUGCGGCAAUUGGGGGCAACAACUGUGGUAACAGAGACUUUGUUAACGGAAAUAACAUUUCCGAGGGUUCAACAGACAGAUGUCGUAAAGUGCAGGCUUCAUCAGCAUUUUUAUUCUUCUCAUUCUUUAUCUUUUUGGCCAAGGCCAUUAUGUCUGGUUUGAACAUCUUCUCCUCGGGUUCGUUUGGUUCUGGAGGUUCUGGAAGAAGAGGGGGCGGUGGCGUUCCAACUAUCUCCAAGGUCUAA